AUGAUUUGUGAAGAACUAGUUUUGACAGCCGACAGCUAAAUAAAAAGAAAUUUGAUCGCGUUGAACUUUGAAGCUGUGAAAUAAAUUAAAAUGACAGUCCAACAGAUUAACUCGAAUAUUUCUGACGACUCAGAUGAUAUGGUUAGUUUACCAUCCGAAGAGGAGAUUUAUAGGCGAAAAUACCAGUUGUUGUUGGAGCGAUGUGAAGUCUUACAACAGGAUAACGAAAGAAUUAUUACUAGAAUACAUGAAGCGAAGAAAAUAACCAAGCGCUACCGGAAGGACAUUAAAUUGUUGGUGGAGCGAUUGGAUAGGCAUGGCGAUCAGUUCAGAACUGUAUGUUUGGAGGUGGAAACUAAACCUGAGGUGAUAGUGCGACCGCCCAGAGCUGGGGGGAAAACUCAAGCUGUGUCUAAACAAACAGAUAAACAGAAUGCUGGGGCUGCUAAGAAACCUGGACCCAAAAGAAAAAGCAAAGCAGACAAGCCUGAAAGAGAUCCUAAUGCUCCCAAAAAGCCAUGCAAUGCAUUCUUCCAAUUUUGCCAAGAACAGCGGCCUUUAGUUGUUGCUGAAGCCGAAGCUAACUCUGAGUUGGGAUCUGAACCUUCGAAACAAGAAGUCACGAGGCAACUGGCGUCACGAUGGAGAGCACUCAAUAAUGAAGAAAAAAGGGUAUAUGUGGCAAUGUUUGAGAGAUCUAAGGAAAAGUAUGCUGAACAAAUGUCCGCCUACAUAAAGAAGGAGCAAUGACAUUCACCAACACCUGCCAAUAAUAGCACUUAAUUUUCUUGUGAUCAUCAGCUUUAAGGUUAGGUUAACUAUUAAACAGUAUUUUGUAAGGAAAA